CAAACUUAGAUCACGUACCAGUACCACACAUACAAAACCCUAUAUAUACGUAACUCUCGCUCCUCCAAGUUUCCAAAACGUUUCAACCAGUUUUCACAACCCAAAAAAUCAAUGAAGUUCUUCUUCCGGUCAUGUUACCGUCCCAAAUGCUCCCCUUCGCCGCCGCACGAGGAAGCCAACGCCGACGCCAACACCGACACCCAUGUGUCGGCGUCGCUCAUCGUGCCUUCUUCCAGGCGCAACAGGCUCAGUAGUUCUGCUUCCAAGUCUAAGUCUGCGGCUGCGGCUGCGGCGGCUAAGCAUUGGAGGCCACGGCUUUCGAUGAUAUCAGAGGACAACGCCGGUUACGCCGCUAAGGUCUUCGACAAAAACUGCGCCGCACGGGUUUCCGACAAGAAAUCCUCUAGCAAACCCAGAUCGUUUGGCAAUUCCCGCAGUAUCGCCGACCUGGACGAAUAUUCCUGCAGGAACAAUUCCGCACCGAUUGUCUUUCCAGCAUUCUCACCGACCCCGUUUAUGUUUUGAGUUCCAUGGCUGCUGCAGGUUGCUGUUCUUUUGUUUUGUUUUGUUUUGUUUUUCGUCCAAAAGUGUUGUUAUUCUUAUCGACUAUUUUUCUGUAAUCUUAGCAUAUACUUCAACUUUUGUCCCAACUCAUGUCUACUGCUUGCUUAUUGAUCAAGGACAAAGUUUGAAUUC